CCUCUUAGUCAUACCCCCACAAUUUCAUUUUCACGCAGUAGAUUAAAAGUAUUAAUCCCAAUUAAUAUACUUUUAAUCCUUGCUUAACAUUUUGUUUCGUCGUUCACUAAUUCACCCCGAUUGUCGUUUUGAUCAUUUAAUACAAACAAAACGCAUCCACACACAUCAACUCCUCCUUUUCGAACCUUCGGAACCACUCUCCGGUCAAAUUUCCCGCGGUUUCUUUAACGUCCGAAGUCAUCUCUGAUUUCCGACCACCGCACGUACGCAUCUAGAAGGAGUGAAAAUUGUGAACAAUGAGCAACGUGUUCGAGGGAUACGAACGCCAAUACUGUGAACUUUCUGCUAAUUUAUCAAAAAAGUGCACUGCGGCUAGUGCUCUUAAUGGAGAGCAAAAGAAGCAAAAAGUUUCUGAAAUAAAGGCUGGCAUUGAUGAAGCGGAAGCUUUGAUUCGAAAAAUGGACCUUGAGGCAAGAAGUUUGCAGCCAAAUAUCAAGGCUAUGCUUCUUGCUAAGUUGCGGGAGUAUAAAUCAGAUCUAAACAACCUUAAAACCGAAGUUAAGAAAAUUGUAUCUGGUAAUUUGAAUCCUUCUGCAAGGGAUGAGUUGUUGGAAUCUGGCAUGGCAGAUGCUAUGACGGCAUCAGCUGAUCAGAGAACAAGAUUAAUGACAUCAACUGAAAGGUUGAACAAGACUGGUGAAAGAGUUAAGGAAAGUAGGAGAACAAUGUUGGAAACCGAAGAGCUAGGUGUUUCUAUUCUCCAAGAUUUGCAUUCACAGCGACAAUCUCUAUUGCAUGCGCAUAACACGCUUCAUGGAGUGGAUGAUAACAUAGGCAAGAGCAAGAAAAUUUUGUCAAACAUGUCAAGAAGGAUGAACAAGAACAAGUGGAUCAUAGGCUGCAUUGUGCUCGUCCUGGUUGUCGCUAUCAUCAUGAUCCUAUACUUCAAACUUUCUAAAUAGAUAAAGGCCUACAUGUUCUCGUAAUGGUUCAUACAUAACAUAAGAUACAAUGAUUUAUUUUGUUUCUCCUUUUUCUUUUUCUUAAUUCGAUUUGUGAGUGAGCAGAAAAAGAUGUUGCAUUGUGCAGUGCUGCAAGCUAACUUGUUACUGUUGGCUUCUUUCAAGUGACAAUAUAGACAUGUGUCUUAUGCCCGGGUUUUGUAAUGUAUGAAAUUUGUAUUCUUUUGACCGGUUGUUCUUUGAUUUUAAUUAUGAAACCAAAAUUCUUUAAGCUG